GAUCACAUAUAGCGUGUUUUUUCCCCUGUUUCUUAGAAGCAUUUAUGCGAGGACAUAACUUCCGGUGUAGCGAAGAAAGUUUCAGUGAACUAUCUUGACAGUGAAGCGCAGCCUCUUUGGUUGUUGUAGCCGAGGCUCACUCACUGUCCCCCCCCCGAAAGCAGAAAGCACACCAGAGUCACGGCGGAGGACCAUUUGACAGUACGAUGUCAACGUAUAAAAGAGCCACGCUGGACGAAGAAGACCUGGUGGACUCCACUGGAGACGACAUCUACCCAUCAUCACCCUUACAGGUGACUCUGCUGCAGGGCCGCAGCCCUACGUGUUGUUCAGACAGGACACAAAGAGAGAAGAGGGUGCUGUUUUUAGUGUGUGUGGUGUCUGUGUGCCUGUUCAUAUCUCUCAUCACAACUGGAGUCUUCUACAAACAGACUCACCCUGGCUUGUGCCUAACAGAGCCAUGCAUUACUGUGGCCAGUGCAGUAAUGGGAGCCCUGGACCGAUCUGUGGACCCCUGCCAUGACUUCUACAACUUUGCCUGUGGGGGCUGGGUGAAGAACAACCCCCUCCCUGAGGGCAAGUCCCGCUGGGGACCUUUCAGUAACCUCUGGGAGCACAACAUGCUUGUAAUGAAGCACUUAUUAGAAAACACAACGAUGAAAGGUCUGAGCAAGGCUGAGGAAAAGGCCCAGCGAUAUUAUCAGGCCUGCAUGAAUGAGGCCAAGAUUGAGGAAUUAGGAGCUAAGCCACUACAAGAGCUAAUCAACCAGAUAGGAGGAUGGGCCCUGACGGGACCCUGGGACAAGGACAACUUCCAGGAAGUUCUGCGAAUAGUGUCAGCCAACUAUCGCACCUCACCUUUCUUCACUGUGUUUGUCAGCACCGACUCAAAAAACUCCAACAGCAACAUCAUCCAGGUGGAUCAGUCCAGCCUGGGACUACCUUCAAGGGAUUACUACCUCAACAAAACAGCAAAUGAAAAGUAUUUGACGGCAUACCUCAACUUCCUAAUGGAGUUAGGGGUCCUUCUGGGUGGCUCAAAGGAUACGUCUCAGGCAAUGAUGGAGGAGAUUGUGGACUUUGAAACCACCCUGGCCAACAUCACAGUCCCUCAGGAGGAGAGACGGGAUGAAGAGCUCAUCUACCAUAAGAUGGAGGCUAAGGACCUGACUACUCUGGCUCCUGCAGUAGACUGGAUGCCGUACCUCACAGAAGUGUUUGCUCCUGUGCCGCUCAACGAGUCGGAGCCGGUGGUUGUUUAUGCCAAGGAAUACCUCCAGAAAGUUUCUGACCUCAUAACUAAAACAAAUAAAAGCCUACUCAACAAUUACAUGAUAAUGAAGGUGGUGAGGAAGAUGGUCUCCAUUUUGGACCAGAGGUUCCAGGAUGCUGAGCAACGCUUCCUUGAGGUCAUGUAUGGAACCAAAAAGAGCUGCACGCCUCGCUGGAAGCUGUGCGUCAGUGACACCGACAGCGCCCUGGGAUUUGCUCUUGGAGCCAUGUUUGUCAAAGCCACCUUUGCUGAGGACAGCAAAGCCAUUGCUGAAGACAUGGUUGCAGAAAUUAAAUGGGCUUUCGAGGACAGCCUGAAGUAUGUGAGCUGGAUGGACUCAGACACAAAAAAAGCAGCAAAAGAAAAGGCAGAUGCAAUAUACAACAUGGUCGGAUAUCCAGAGUUCAUCAUGAAUGCCACAAAGCUGGACAAAGUGUUCAAUGAUUUCGAGGUGGUCUCAGACCUCUACUUCCAAAAUGUCAUGCAGUACUACAACUUCUCAGCCAGAGUCACAGCGGACCAGCUGAGGAAAACUCCCAACAGAAACCAGUGGAGCAUGACCCCGCCAACAGUGAAUGCAUAUUACAACCCAACCAAGAAUGAGAUGGUUCUGCCAGCAGGAAUCCUUCAGGCUCCAUUCUAUAGUCGAUCCUGGCCCAAAGCUCUUAACUUUGGUGGAAUAGGCGUAGUCAUGGGACAUGAGCUGACGCAUGCUUUUGAUGACCAAGGGAGAGAAUACGACAAGGAUGGAAACCUGCGUCCCUGGUGGAAGAACUCCUCUGUGGAGGCCUUCAAGAAACAGACUCAGUGCAUGGUGGAGCAGUAUGGAAAUUACAGCAUCAACAAAGAGCCUCUGAAUGGAAGGCACACCCUGGGAGAGAACAUCGCUGACAACGGUGGACUCAAAGCUGCCUACAAGGCUUACGUGAACUGGAUCAAAAAGAAUGGUGAGGAGGCCACACUGCCUGCCCUGGGUAUGACGAACCAUCAGCUGUUUUUUGUAGGAUUUGCACAGGUAUGGUGCUCUGUCAGGACCCCUGAAAGCUCACAUGAGGGCGUGAUCACAGAUCCUCACAGCCCGUCAAGAUUCAGAGUCAUCGGCACCAUCUCCAACUCACAUGAAUUCUCAAAGCACUUUGGCUGCAAAGCUAAUGCUCCCAUGAACCCUAAACAUAAGUGUGAGCUUUGGUGAUGCCUUAUUGCUUGGGUGCUGUUCAUCAGCAAGGAGCAAAAUGGACGUCGGGAAAAAUGUCCAGAGACACUGACAAAGUCUCUCUGGAUGAGGGAACGCAAGAACCACUGAAACUACUAGCGCCUUGCCACUUAAUGCUUACUGGGCUCCUCAUCAGAGCAAAAUGUGCCUGCUCUGUACGGAGGAUUGCAAUCUUCAGUGCUUCUCCACAAGGACUGUUGGUUUAGCAAACAGCUUUCCCCAAACUCUGAAGUUAGAUGUAGCUAUAAAUGUGCUUUUAGAACACUGGAAACCCAACAGAUGGUUACACAAAAAUGGGAGAACCACUCUCUAAUGGUUUGUUUGUCACAUAAAGUGAUAAAUGAGCAAAGUGAUGUUUCUUUUUCUUGUAAUUCUUCACUGUGCUUGGAUCUACUCUGGUUUAUUUUUAUUGUAUUUUAUUUAUAGUCGCAAAUUUUUAUAUGACAGUGAACCAGGAACCUGUAAGAUUUUUAACCUGAUGGAAGAUGCAAACCUGGUUCACAUGUGGACAAUUUUAAAUCCGUUUAACAAGAAGUGGUAUAAAUAUGUUUUAAUACUACAACAAUAACAGUUUGUCUUUGAAUUGUUUGGACACAUUUUAUGAAUAAUAUAGUCAGUUACAUUUUAUAGAGAAGUUAAUGCAAUAUUUGUGUUUUAAAAUAGUCAUUUUUAAAACACAAAUAUUGAUUGAUACUGGACCCAGUAUCAAGAAAGCGGUGUCAUAUUGUUGGUAUUUCAUUUCUGUAACGUUAGACCAAAACAAAUCAGAAACACAAUGAAGGAAUUCAGAAAUUCACAGCAAUAAAUUAAAGCACCGGGUGUUUUGUUUUUUUUUUUCAUUCAGAACUAUGUGCCAUACCUCUUUUUAUGAAUAAGAGUUUCUCACAUUAUUUUGUAUAAUAAAAUGGACCUUAAAACA